GCCGUGUUGGUGGGAAUUUGUGAAACAUAAGUGAUAAGCUUGAAUAUCUGGUGUUUGUGCGCACCUCACACAUUAACAGUUGACUUAUGAAAACGAUGUCUGAUUUCAAUUUGUUCAGAAUAACAUCAUGAGCUGAUGUUUUGAUAGAGUAUUUCUUAGUUGAAUUUGCGCAGCAUGGGUCGUUGGAGGUCCCGGCUUUGCUGCUGCGGUGUGCGGGCGCGAGCGUGAUGCCACCCGGCGCGCUCCCCGCGUGGCCCAACGCCGCGCCCACCGUGUGGCCCCCCGCUAUGCCGCCGCACAUCGCGCUGCUUCUUGUGCUGUGCCUCGUGCGCUGCGAUACCAAGACCUUGCUGCAGGACAAGCUGGCUGGCGUGAGGACUGUGGACGUGCAGGCGGUGGAGGGCAUGGUGGCGCAGUUCCCCUGCGACCUCGGCACCGCUGCCAACGACAAGGUCUACAUGGUCUUCUGGUUCAGGGACGACGCCGGCAUUCCUCUUUACAGCUUCGACGUGCGCGGCAAGCACCUGUCGGAGGCGCGACAUUGGUCCGCGCCGGAGGUGUUCGGGCCGCGAGCGCACUUCUCGACUUCCCCACCGCCCGCCGCGCUGCUCGUGCGCGACGUAAAACGGCGCGACGAGGGCGUCUACCGCUGCCGCAUCGACUUCCGCAAUACCCAAACAACCAGCUUCCGAUACAACCUCACUGUCGUCGUGCCGCCGGAGAAGCCGGUCGUGGUAGACCGAUGGGGGCGAAUCAUCAACACCACCACGCUCGGCCCUCACGAGGAGGGCGACGACGUGCUGCUCACCUGCCGGGUGCUCGGAGGUCGCCCGGAACCGUCGGUGCGGUGGCUAGUUAACGGCGUGCUGGUGGAUGAGGAGUACGAGCACAACACGGGCGACGUGAUCGAGAACCGAUUGCUUUGGCCGGCUGUACGCCGCGCCGACUACGCCGCCGUCUUCACUUGCCAGGCUGCCAACUCACACCUCGUACCGCCUAAAGAGCUCUCGCUAGUGCUCGAUAUGUUCCUGCGGCCGCUCACCGUUGAGAUCCGGCGGCCGGCAGAGGUGGGCGAGGGGGGUGAGCUGACGGCGGAGCGUCGCUACGAGGUAGCCUGCGAGUCCGCUGGCAGCCGCCCGCCCGCACUCCUCACCUGGCACAAGGGCAAGAGGCAACUCAAAAGAAUCACGGAGGAGCUGCGCGACAACCUGACGGUGAGCGUGAUGAGCUUCGUGCCGACGCUGGACGACGACGGCAAGCCGCUCGUGUGCCGCGCGCAGAACCCCAACGUCUCCGCGCUCUUCCUCGAAACCUCCUGGCUCAUCAGCGUCGUCUACCCGCCGGUGGUGCGCCUGCGGCUGGGCAGCUCGCUGGCGGCGGGCGACAUCAAAGAGGGAGACGACGUGUACUUCGAGUGUCACGUGCGCGCCAACCCUCCCGCGCGCAAGCUCUCCUGGCUGCACGACGAUUUGCCGCUGGUGCACAACGCGUCCGCGCGGGUAUUCCACAGCAACCAGAGCCUCGUGCUGCAGAAGGUGACGCGGAGAAGCAGCGGCCGCUACGCCUGCUCCGCGCUCAACGCCGAGGGCGAGACCGUCUCCAACGAGCUGUACUUCAGAGUCAAGUACGCGCCGUCGUGCCGCAGCGGAGGUGUGGCGGUGGUUGGAGCAGCGCGCGGCGAGUCCGUGGUAAUAGUGUGCGAGGUGGACGCAGACCCGCCCGCCGCCGUCUUCAAAUGGAAGUUCAACAACUCCGGAGAAACUCUAGACGUCGCCGCCGACAGAUACACCUCCAACGGAAGCGCCUCCAGCCUCAAGUACACCCCAGUAGCGGACUUGGACUAUGGCACGCUGUCAUGUUCCGCAUCCAAUGAAGUCGGCAGUCAACUCGCGCCCUGCGUCUUUCAAAUGGUGGCUGCAGGCAAGCCGCAGGCGCCGCGCAACUGUUCGCUGUGGAACCAGACGGCAGACUCAGUGGAGGUGUCGUGCGCGCCGGGCUUCGACGGCGGCCUGCCGCAGCGCUUUCUGCUCGAGCUCUACUCCGGGGACGACACCGUGCCCAGAGUGAAUUUGUCGUCGUCGGAGCCGGUGUGGACGGUACGAGGGCUGGAGUGGGACGUGCGUUUCCGGCUGGCCGCCGUGGCCGUGAACGCCAAGGGUCGGUCGCCCCCCGCGCUACUAGAUGAUGUGCUCUUCAGGGACCCGGAGAAACGAACAGCAUCAGAGAGCGGGCUAGGCGCGGGCGCUGCGGGGGCGGCGAGCGCUGGCGCGGCGGGCGCGGGCGCGGCUCUGGCGUUGUUGGCGUGUGCAUGCCGCGCCGCCCGCCGCCGACGUGCUCCGCCCGCCAAACCCGCCGCACCACCCGCACACCCAGCGCACGCCACGCACACCGCCCGCGCACACAAACCCAGCGAUCACGACGACGCCGAGCCCGACCUAAUACCCAAUAAUUACUGUGAGUCAUCGAGCGCGCCGGCUCGCAACACGCCGUCGUCAUUGUCGGCGCCGCUGGCCGCGCCGCUCGUCGUGCCGCUCACCACGCCGCUUGCUACGCCCGUGAGCACGUGGGCGCCGCGCAGCGCGUCGGGCUCGCUGCGCGCCGCGGACCUCAACGUGGACGCCAUCAAGGAGAAGCUGCUGGACAACCGGAUCCCCGAGUCCUGCGUCUAGUGCGCGGGCAGCCGGCGGAACGUCACGGGCACGUCACGAUCACAUCGCGGACAUGUCGCGUGCACGUUGCGGAACUCGACUCGUGUUUUGUCCUAAACACUGUCCUAUGUAAAUGAGAUGUAGAUAGAGCCUUUUACCGAUGAGGUUAUUCGUCACAACUCCCCCCUAACACUACUGAGUAUCCAAUUUCGAAAAAUUCUCCCAUUCGAUCCAUUCCGGAAGUAAAUCUUUUUGAUUAAACGAAACCAUUGGAGCGAAAUUGGAUUCUCCCGAUGUUAUUUUGUAAAAAUUGAAGACUUUAAACUGUAAUUUUGUUUUAAAAACUCUUUGUGAUGUAAAUAAUAGGUUGUAAGCGACUGAUACUUUGCCACUUUUUUACAUGUCAGUGAACUCUAGAUAAUAUUAUUAGUUAAUUAAUAAUAAUAAAAAUACGUGAAUGAAUUCGUCGUGAUCUGUAUAAAUAUUGAAUAUUUUGUUUUGUAAAUAGAAUUUGUACUUGACUCUGAUAGUUUAAAGUCGGCUCGAGAGAGUUACAAAUAGACAAAGUGAUGUCGGUACAGGCGCAGACAGACAGCUCUCGUUACAAAUUGUCUCGAGCUAAAGAAGUAAGAAAUACUUUCCUUUAUCCGCAAACUUUAAUGGCUGGGGUUUAUUUUACAACCACGCCAGUUUCGUUUUAUCGCAAAAAGCGAGUUUGUAAAGUAUGUACAAAAAUCUAAUAUUUUACCUUGACCUCAUACAGACUUAAAUAUAUAUAGCGAUAUAUAAAUAACGUAUCAAGUAUCGAGGAAACAAAGUGUUGAGUUUAAUAUUGUGUCCUACAGAUUCGAGCAUUAAACUCAGAUAUGUCAAAGUUCAAAGUGUCCUAAUUCAUUAUCAAUUUGUUUCACAUAUCAUGUUUACAUGCGUUGCAUAUUGAAGUGGCUCGUGCAUUUUGUAACAGACCACAGACUAACAUAUCGUUGUCGAUCAUAUCAAGGUGUAGGCGGAGGCGAAGGCGCUCUCGAGACACAAUUGAUGUCGACCGACUGAUCUUGGUGGGAAUAGCGAAUUAAAACUAUCCUUAGGUAAUUUUAUUUAUAAGUAAGAAGUGAUUUGUUAUUAUAAAGUUUAAACAAACUCAAAGAGUUCGCCCUACUGUUGACUUAUUUAUUUUUGAAGAGAAUAAAGGUUGUCUU